AUGUUGAGAGCAUUCUUCAAGUUCCCCGGGGCCCUGCCUGCAAAGCACCGCUGCUACUUUGCUGCAGUGGCUGGUGCUGGCUUCGUCGGGGCAACGAUCAGUGUUCAGUGUCACGAGCAGUGCCACGAACAAGCCACCAGCAAGGGAGCCAAUGAGGGAAGCAUCAAGCUGAAGAACGGCCGGUCGAUUUUCUUCAAAUCCUGUGGAGAAGGAGUGCCAGUAUUUGCAUUUCAUGGUAUGGGAAGUGCACAUACAACUUGGGACCAAGAGAAGCCCGAACCUGGAAUUCGGCUGAUUGCAGUUGACCGUCCUGGCUAUGGUUCCUCCUCGCCGCCUCCUGCUGGAUACAGCUACAGGCAGUUUGUGUCAGACCUUACUGAGACCGCUGACCAGUUGGGCUUGGAUCGUUUUUGUGUGGCUGGCCAUUCGUCCGGGGGUCCGUAUGCUCUGGCGGCUGCAGCUUUGCUACCGCAGAGAGUGGUUUCUUGCGCAGCCAUUUCUUCAGACCCACCCUACUAUCACCCCAAAGUUCCUGAAGCCGUGCGUCAGGCUGAUGUGUCAGCUCAACCAGUAUUUGGCUUGGUUGAAGAACGGCUGGCGAAGUUGGGCAUAGAGAUCAAGAAGCCGGUGGCUCCUGUGGCCAAUUACGUCCCAUGGCGCAAGACCGGAAACGUGGUCUACAUCUCAGGCCAGAUACCAAAGGAUGGAGAUCUGAUCCACAAAGGGCAAGUUGGAGGUAAUGUGAGUGUGGAGGCAGCGGCUGAAGCUGCAAGGUUGUGUGGCCUGAAUCUUGUGGCACAAAUGCGAGAAGCCUGCAACGGCAAUUUGGAUCGAGUAACAAAAAUUCUGCAAAUUCAGGGAUUCGUAGCAUCUACACCAGAUUUCUCUGGCCAUCCUCAAGUCAUCAAUGGAGUGUCAGAUUUGCUGGUGGAGGUUUUCGGCAAGGAGGUGGGUGCCCACAGUCGCUUUGCGGUCGGCUGCAGUUCCCUUCCACUGGGAGUCUCAGUCGAAGUUGGUGCAGUGAUUGAGAUCGAUGAGAACGCUCCGAUGCCAACACCACUCGGGUUCUACGGAGUGGAUCCUGUAAUCAAGGGACAGUACAUGGCAGCUGGGGCAGGUGAGAAGCGGCAAUACAUCUGGAAGCAGGGACCCUUAGGUUUCGUCACCGACUACACCCUUGAAAGGUUGCCCUGGUCCUUCAAGCUGGAAGAGAUUAGCCAAGGAGAACGGCUUACCAUCUGGGUUGGUGAGAAGGAUAUACCCGUCAUCUUGCAUGGGGCUCCGUUUUUGCAGAACGUCUGGCAGCCGGAGACGGCACGAGCCCUCCACAAUUUCUCAGGAGGUCCAGAUGCUAGAGGGGCCUCGCCUGCGGUCCGAUUGUGGGAUGCCGCCUUGCCGGAGGAGCUUUUCGGGCUGGUCAGAGAGAGCGUGGACGACCUUUGUGUUUGGCGGACAAAGAGCCCGGCAAAAAUGAACACGUUCUGGUUGGAUCGGAGCGCAGAGCCGAGGACGGCUGCAGAGCUGGCAGGGAGAGCGCUGCUGAGGCUGCUGGGCCAGGACCACCAGCAAUAUCGAGGUAUCGAGUGGUGGUGUCGCAACCAGGCGGCGCAGAUGGGCGCUCAUUUCCACUACGAUACCGCUAUCUCAGGCUGUGAAGGAGCGGCGGUCUCGUCAGAGUCUCUUCGCCCAACGCUUUCCAGCGUGCUCUACCUCGGGGAUGUGGGUGGCCCCACGAUGAUCCUCAACCAGGUGGCCGUUUCGCAAGCCAAGCUUUUUCCGCCAAUGCCGGACAGGGGUUGGACAGUCGCGACACGACGGAACAGAUGGUUGGUCUUCCCUGGUAAUCUUUUCCACGGUGCGGUGUCCUUUGGUGCCAACGAGGCCCAGCCGACUGCACCUCGCUUUGUCAUUUUGUUUAACUUCUGGGCGGAACACCGCCCGGCGGCGCCGUCAUGCCAAGCCCCUAACUUCCAGGACUACCGGCCUGUUUGCAGCGUUUCACCGGCCGCACGCCACCUGCUGCCGGACAAUCGGAUUGAAGAGCUGCAGAGACUCGUCCAGGUGCAGAGGAAUGCGACAGAGCUUCAUCCAUCGGAGCUUUGUAGUGCCAAGGAUAUGCCCCAAUCGGUUAUCGUGGAAGAUUUUCCUUUUGGUUUGCCACUGCCUGUCCGGGAGGUGCUUGCAGCAACUGGGAUCUAUGGUGGCUUUCUGUCCUUGAACUUCCAUUCUGCCGCCGCCUCGUUUCUGGAAGGGACAGAGGGUGUGGACAUCAAUGCUUGUUCUUCGGCUGCAAGGGCCUGGAGGACCAAAUUCGACGAAAUAUAUUAUUAUAGGCUUAAAUCUCAAUAUUCGGAGACUUGGUUCUGA